AUGCCAGCGCACCCCGACCUCACGUCAUUCAAAGCCCUGUCCUUCGACAACUACGGCACGCUCGUGGAUUACGAGUCCAGCCUCCGUCACCACCUAGCGCCCCUCCACGCUGCUUUGCCCCCCUGCCACGACCUCAAAGACAUGGUCGCCCUGAUGCGGCGCUUCCACGCCGCCUCCGACGCCCUCGAGCACGACGAACCCGCGCUGCUCGCCGACGAGCUCCUGGCCCGCACCUUCCGCAAGCUCGCCGCCGACCUCGACGUCGCCAGCCAGCUGACAGAGGCCGACGUGCCGUUUGGCGACACGGUCGCCGGCCUGCAGACGCUCAAGCGCCGGUACAAGCUCUUCAUCCUGAGCAACGUCGACGAGCGCAACAUGGCCGCGUCGGUCGGCGCCAUGCGGCCGGUCGCGUUUGACGGCGUCUACACGGCUGAGCGGAUCGGGAGCUACAAGCCUGCGCACGCCAACUUUCGGUACCUGUUUGAGCGGGUGGGGCGGGAGCACGGCGUCGGGUUGGAGAAGGGGGAGCUGCUGCAUGUUGCGAGGAGCCUCAGGGCGGACCAUGUGCCGGCGAAGCAACUCGGGUUGCGAAGUGUCUGGAUCGCGCGGGGCGGGGAUACAAAGGAGGGGCAGGGCAUCGGAGGGGAUCCGGAAGGGUUGAAGGACCAUGUCGCUUUUGAGUGGAAGUUUCAGACCAUUGGCGAAUUUGCGGAUGAGGUUGAGAGGCAGUUUGCUGCCAAGGGAGAAUGA